GUCAGGAGGAUAUCGAGAAUUCCGAGGAAUUUUCACCGCCAGAGAGGUCAGUCGAUUUAUUCGCUUUUUCUUUCCUAUGAAGUAAUUCGCUUGGAUUAUUGGUCGAACCGUUUGAAAAACGAGAAAUCGACGUUCCUCGCGGCGUACCCUUAUUUUCUUACCUGUUGCUUUUAAAGGGGGAGGGGGAUACAGGUGUACGCCCGCACUAGCGCGUACCAAGUAAGGUUAAAAACCUUUGCUUCACGUUUUUUACUCUCUCCGAAUAGUAAGGAAUUUCGAUAUAAAGAAUCUUUGGGUAUCGAGUUCGUUCCUUUGUGAAAAGUGCGACCGUUAUCCCGUAGUUUACGUUUAAAUUUCAUCGGGAUUACGUGCACUGUGUGACCUCUGAAAAAAUGCAUUUAUUUUUAAUUCACGCUUCAAAUUAUUUUAUUCGUUCGUUCGACGAGACAUACGAUCCCUUUGGACCGAUCGUUCUAUCCCUCUCGACGUAUCCCGAUCGUACUGCGAUAUUCUCUUGAUGUAUCUGUGACUUGUACGUUUCUACAAAUCGCGCUCGCGAGUACCCAUAUUAUUGACCUUUUUUUUUUCUAUUGUUGUCAACUCAUUGUACUAGGAUACAGUUCACUUCGGUCAUAUCAGAUGUGUCUGAGGUAUAAGAGAUUCUCGUUACAUCCUAGUAUACGUAGUUAGUAUCUCUUAAAAUUGUCAUUUCUCAUACAUUAGAGUUUCCCUUUUAGCUUUUCCUUUUCUAAACAGCCUUUCGUUACUUUCAAGUGAAAAUCUACGAGCUUAAGAUGAGCCAACAAACGUCCUCUUCACCAUGGUGGAGCAGUAAACGAGUACGUAUGGACGAUGGCUGUAAUAACUUAAAUAGUACAUUUAAUAGUACGUCAAAGAAUAGUACAAGAUGGUCUUACACUGCCGAUAGUAGUCUCGUCGAGCCAGAAAUAUUAGAAGACAUGGGUGUUAGUAUGCUGGAGGACGAAGCAAUCAACUGUGAUAACGUUAACAAAGUACAGUCGCCGGAUUGUAUUAUUCCGCUAAAUAAUGCGGAUAAUAAUAAACGGUUACCAUUGAACGAUAACGGCAUUUACAAAUCGGAAGAGAAACCUCUGUACAGAGAUUCUAGUUUUGAAACUGCCAGUAUCGAAAGGCUAGAACAGGAUCCGUACGAUAUGGACAAUCCAUGCAAUUAUGGACAUACGAAUGAAUCUGGUUAUGGUUCAAGGGUGGAGGUUGAAGCAUUUGGGGAUACUAAAGAUGACUAUGGUAAAGAAAAAUUAAAUGCUUCCUCAAAUAAGGAUAGUUUAGAUCAUUUUUACUUGUAUAGAAGGAAAAGAAAAUUGUCGCAUGGAGGAGACGACGAAUUCAACAAACUAUCCGAUGAAAUGAUUUUAAUGAUAUUCAGAUGGUUACCUAAGAAAUGCUUGGUACGUUGCAUGUUAGUUUGUAAAAGAUGGUGCCAAAUAGCACGAGACGAAGCGUUAUGGAGUAGACUGGAUUUAGGUAGUAAAGUUUUAAACGAAGGAACGCUGGAACAUAUAUUGCCACGCGGCGUUCAAAUUUUAAGGCUUGCUCAGGCUGAAAUUGCAGAUCCUAUAUUUAAAGACAGCACUGAAGUUUUAAGUAGUAAUUAUGUCUGUAAACUACAAUAUUUGGAUCUUUCUAUGGCAGUAAUAUCGGCGGACGGUUUAGCGAAUUUAUUAUCUAAAUGCAAAUAUUUAAAAAAAUUAUCCUUGGAAAGUUGUAUUUUGAAUAUGGCAUGCUGUAACGCGAUAAGUUUAAAUAUUGACAUGACGGUGUUGAAUUUAGCUAUGUGCGAAGGGCUAGAUCUUGAAUGUGUUACAGAUUUAAUUAAACUUAGAAGCUUAACUGUUCUCAAUGUGGCAUGGUGUUCGUUGGAUGCAGAGUCUGUCUCUCUGUUGUGUAAAUCACUUCCGCCUUCCCUUACACGCUUGAAUAUAUCCGGAUGCCGAAAAACUAUGACAGACGAUAAUAUCAAAGAUUUGGUCAAAUCUUGUCCGGAGAUCGUAGAAUUAGAUUUAAGCGAUUGCACGCUACUUACCAUGAAUACAGUUCCUAAUCUUUUAAAUUUUUCUAAAUUGGAACACUUGUCGUUAAGUCGCUGUUACAGUAUACCACCGUCAACUUAUAUUAGAUUAGCUUAUAUGCCAUGUCUGAUGUAUUUGGAUGUAUUUGGUUUGAUGUCGGAACCAAUGCUAAAAUCUGUACAAUCUAAUUGUGGGGAAACUGAAAUUAAUAAGUUCCUAUACAGUUCUGUCGCAAGACCAACAGUUGGCGUUCGAAGAACAAGUAUCUGGGGUCUUAGAGUUCGAGACUGAGAUCGAUAAAACGAUGAUACAAUUAUAUAAUUCUAGCAGAAAGUCGAUGUUACGAAUAACACGAUAAAGUUAAUAUGAAAUUGUAUAGAAGGUUUUAUUUUUAUAGUAAUACUGGCCUUCGUUGUGAGACUGAUCAUAUUAUUAAAAAAAAAAAUAAAUAAAUAAAUAAAUAAAAAAGAUAAAAAAAAAGAAGAAAAGAAACUAAUAUGAUAAGCACGCUUAUUCGAAUCACUAAUUGUACGUAAUUCACUAAUUCAGAUCUCUUUCUCAGAUGUCCCUUUUUUUUAAGGUGAACUACAUCUUCAUUUUAGUAUUACUAAAAUUAGAUUAUAUAUAUUUUGCAUAAUAGGGGAUGCUCUGUAUAUAACAAUUCAUGAUUUACUGUAUGCUCAUAUAUAUAUGUUUAUAUAUAAAUAUGCGGCAUACAGGUGUUCAUCAAGUGUGAUCGUAUUUAACUAAUAAUUAUUGUAUUGUAUGGUAUGCAUUGUAAAAGAAUAAAAGAUUUAUAUAAUUUUA